AUGGCUGAAGUGGAAAGGUCACUGAAAGAAAUUGAGAGAUGCAUUAAUUUCCACAACAAUAAGGCCAUAAUAAUUGGAGGAGAUUUUAAUGCUAAGAAUAAAAUGUGGCAGUCACUAACAACAAAUCCUAGAGGAACCCUAGUAGCAAAAUGGGCAAGCGAACAAGGUCUGGUCUGCUUGAACCACGGUGGAAUAAGCACAUGCAUACACGGCAAAGGAGAGUCUAUCGUGGACCUUACAUUCGCGAAUCAAACAGCAGCAGCGCGAGUAACUGAAUGGAAGGUUUCUCUGAUAGAAAGCUCAUCAGAUCAUAGAUAUAUCGAGACGACGAUCGGUAAAACAAGCGCGCAGAUUUCCAAGGAAAAAAGAUCGAACCACAAAAGAUGGGCAAUCAAAAAAUUAAAUGAAGAUAUGCUCAAAUCAGGAAUAAUAAUUGGUAACUGGAUCAACGGAAACCAACAGGCACAGGACCCAGAAACAAAGGCGACCAAAUUACAGGAAAUGAUGACGGACGCAUGUGAGAUAGCGAUGCCAAAAUCCAUGCCUAAAUUACGAAAAGCGAUGCCCUGGUGGAACGAGGAACUCGCGCAAUUGCGAGAGACUUCCACCAGGGCUCGAAGAAAGAUUAAAAGAGCCCGCAGAAACGGGCACUCAGAAGACUCAGCAGAGACACAGGAUAAAAUAAGUAAAUAUAAAGAGGCCAGAAAGAAACUUAGUAAGGCACUUAGAAAAGCCAAGGCAGUAGCAUGGACGGAUUUCGUCAAUACUAUUAACGAAAACCCAUGGGGCCGCCCAUAUCUCACAGUAAUGGGAAAAUUGAGAAGGUGGACUCCCCCAUAUACUGAGUCAUUAGAAGAAUCAACACGGAACAGAGUAAUCGACGGCCUCUUCCCGGCUCCCACACAAUUGGUGGAAACGUGGAUAGAGCCGGCACUACCUGAAGAAGGAUUUAAAUCCUGGCAGGAGGACUUCACGGUAACAACUGCGGAAUUAAAAACUGCG